AUGUCAGGACCCGUGCCGAGCCGGGCCCGAGUGUACACCGAGGUCAACACUCACCGGCCCAGGGAGUACUGGGACUACGAGUCCCACGUGGUUGAGUGGGGAAAUCAGGAUGAUUUUCAAUUGGUGCGUAAACUGGGGCGUGGCAAGUACAGCGAAGUCUUUGAGGCAAUCAACAUCACCAAUAAUGAGAAGGUGGUGGUGAAGAUUCUCAAGCCCGUGAAGAAAAAGAAAAUUAAGCGUGAGAUCAAGAUUUUGGAGAACCUACGCGGAGGCCCUAACAUAAUCUCCCUCAUCGAUAUAGUGAAAGACCCUGUGUCCCGGACGCCCGCCUUGGUCUUUGAGCAUGUUAACAACACAGACUUCAAGCAACUGUACCAGACCCUGACAGACUACGACAUCCGGCUCUACAUGUACGAGAUCCUCAAGGCCCUGGACUACUGCCACAGCAUGGGGAUCAUGCACAGAGAUGUGAAGCCACAUAACGUGAUGAUUGAUCAUGAGCACCGCAAGUUGCGUCUUAUUGACUGGGGUCUGGCCGAGUUCUACCACCCAGGACAGGAGUACAACGUCAGAGUCGCCUCCCGCUACUUCAAAGGACCCGAGCUCCUGGUGGACUAUCAGAUGUACGAUUACAGUCUGGACAUGUGGAGCUUGGGCUGUAUGUUGGCCAGCAUGAUCUUCAGGAAGGAGCCCUUUUUCCAUGGACAUGACAACUAUGACCAGUUGGUGAGAAUAGCCAAGGUCCUGGGGACUGAAGACCUCUACGACUACAUCGACAAGUACAAUAUUGAGCUGGAGCCUCGCUUCAACGACAUUCUGGGAAGGCAUUCUCGUAAGCGGUGGGAGCGGUUUGUCCACAGUGAGAACCAGCACCUGGUCAGCCCCGAGGCGCUGGACUUCCUGGACAAGCUGCUGCGCUACGACCACCAGGUGCGGCUGACUGCCCGCGAGGCCAUGGAUCACCCGUACUUCUUCCCCAUCGUGAAAGAUCAGUCUCGUGUGGCCGGAGCCAACCUGCCCGGUGGGAACACAGCUGUCAGCUCAGCCAACAUGAUCACUGGUAUCUCUGCCUUGCCAGCCUCCACUGCCCUGGGCCCUCUCUCUGGCUCUCCGGUCCUAUCUGCUGCCACCAACGUCCUGAGCCCCCCGGUGCCCGCCGCCCCGCAGUGACGCCCCCCUCUUCCGCCUCUGGGCAGAUGCUAGACGGGGUGCCGCUCUGCCAGCCCUCACUACAUCCAACCUAACUUCGGUGUGACUUCGUCCCCUCCCGCCGAAGGACGCCGCCGUCUUAAGAAAAGAACGAUUUAUCCCUCUGCUCCUUUUCUUCCUCAAAUGAACUCGUUAGCCUGACAUCUGGAAUGAAUGUUCUGUGUAGUUUGAAAUAUACAGGUAUUCCUUUCAUUAUUUCCCAUAAGCCGUAGUGACUACAAAAGGGUGUGUGUGUGAGUCUGAGAGCGAGUGUCACCCCGGUGUGUUUUUUAGUUUGGACUGAAGGCAGUGGUCAAUAAGUACAUCAGCAGAAGGCGAAAGAAAGACGUUGGCUGUGAGGACAAAAAGGAGCUCCUCCUGUAUAGUUUACUGCUGCAGCACUUAAUCAGCCUCCUCACACGAGUCUCAGCACUCCAGAUUACAGCAUUUUGGAAGUGUUUGGUGCUGUUCAGUGCACCGGGUGUAUGUGAACACAAUGACACUUGAACACUUUCUCUGCCCGAGUAGUUCUGUCUUGCCUUUUUCUUACCAAACCAGAUCACCAGUCUUCUUUUUGAUAUGCGAUUCUCCGUCAUGAGUUUUUGUUUUGUGUCGAAAUGUCCCGGACUGCUGGAUACAGGUUUGCCACCACCGAGUGGUUUCGAUCAGCUCUAGUGUCGUACUCCGAUCUCUUUAAGGAGCCAGGUAAGGUUCAUUCAGGUUCUCAAAGAGAUGGUUUCUCAAACGUGCUGCUCUCCACUUCCUUGAAUUACUUCAAGUGGCUUUUCUUGAAUGACUUCAAGACAUAACCAAAGUUUACUCAGUCGGUUGGAAGACGAGACUGACCAAACCUAGUUUUGUUUUGUGGGAUUUACUCGUACUGUAAUGCAGGUUGACGAUGUGGUUCUAGUAUUUGUUAGAUGAAAUGUGAUCCAAUGAUCACGUGCAGGUGACUGAAGUGCUGUCAGAGUUAAGCUCUGUGAUGAGUGAGACGCUCUGGACCGGCUUUCAGCGACACCGAGUGUACCUGGAGGUCAGUUGUUAAAUAGCACUUGAAGGGUAGAGUUCUCCGUGUUUUAGUGCCAGAGUUUGAAAGUGUAAGUUUUAGACCCUGAUCUGUACCUAACCAUCUUUUUCAUUAUUUCUUUUCCAAACCUGCGAAAUGCAAAUAAAUCGGAACACGUAUACAUUGAACCGAGAAUGGAGCAUUUUGAGUCCCUACAUCACUGUAUAUAUUUUUAUGUCCUUCUGUAGAAGACUAGUAUUUGAGAAAUAUUCGUGUAAAUAAACGUGUUUUAUUUAUCAGGAA